CAGCAAUAUCGUUGAUAAUGCUAUUCGUUGUUCCUAAUCAGUUUCAUGACAACCCGGCAGUAUAAUGUUGGUGGCCAUGAAACUCCUCAUAUUUGCUGUGGCAUGUUACUGUGCCAACGGAUUUCCGCAAGAACCCCCAAAGCCAAAAACCACAAUAUUUGGAGAUGAACAACUGCAAGGAGAAAUCUUUGAAAAUUUGCAACUGCAAAGAGAAAAUUUUGGCGCAGUUGCAUUUGACGAAGAAGCAGCGGCAGCAUACAGACUGCCGACCACCACAAAGCCUUCUCAUUACAAUCUUCUUUGGAUCAUGGACUUUACGUCUACUCCACAAUCUUUCAGUGGCACAGUUAAUAUUCAAUUAGAGGCAACUCAAGCGGGAGUUAAUCAGAUCGUUAUCCACUCUGAUGCCCUGACUAUCGGAUCAGUAACUCUUGUCCAGGGCACUACGUCUAUACCUGUCACGUCUGAGGAAGAACCUGCCUUUAAUUUCCUUAAAAUCAACCUUAGCACCGGCACUCUUGCUUAUAAUGCAACUAAUACGGUUGUUUACACUUUGACUAUCAAUUUUUCGGCUCCAAUGCGUGAAGAUAUGACUGGUAUUUACAAGAGUUGGUUUAGGAACAACUACAACGAUGAAGUUAGCUGGAUGGCUAGUACUCACUUCCAGGCGACCGCCGCUCGCAGAGCAUUCCCUUGCUAUGAUGAGCCCAACUUGAAAGCUACAUUCGAAAUUACCAUUCGACGACCGAUCAGUUAUGGCAGCUGGUCAUUAAUGCGUCGAGCUUCAACCACUGCCGUUACUGGGUCUCCUGGCUACGAAGAUGACCUUUACCACGUAACACCUGUAAUGUCUACUUAUCUUUUGGCUAUGAUUGUCGCUGAAUAUGAUAGUCUGCCUGUUACCAAUGCCAACAACGAACUGAUUUACGAAGUUAUUGCCCGUCCCAAUGCUCUUUCUACCGACCAGGGACAGUACGCGUUAGAAGUGGGUCAGGAGUUAUUGGCUGAGAUGAAUGACCACACCAACUAUAACUUCUACACCAUGAAUGAAAACAUGAAGAUGACCCAAGCUGCCAUCCCUGACUUCUCCGCUGGUGCUAUGGAGAACUGGGGACUCCUUGUAUACAGAGAAGCCUACCUCAUGUACGAUCCCACUCACACCAACAACUACUAUAAGCAGCUAAUCGCCUACAUCUUAUCUCAUGAAAUCGCCCACAUGUGGUUCGGUAACUUGGUCACUUGCAACUGGUGGGGUGAUUUUUGGCUCAACGAAGGCUUUGCAAGAUACUACCAAUAUUUCCUAACUAACUGGGUCGAAGAUUACAUGGGUUUCGAAACCAGAUUUAUAACAGAGCAAGUCCACACAGCCUUGCUCAGUGACUCCGUGGCCAGCGCUCAUCGUUUGUCCGAGACUGGCAUCGGUGACCCUGUCCAGAUCCGAACCAUGUUCUCAACCCUGUCGUACAACAAGGGCGCCUCAGUUAUCAGGAUGACUGAACACCUUCUAGGUCAUAAUGUUCAUAGAGCUGGUCUGAGAAAUUAUUUGAUUAAUAGGCAGUUCAACACGGCCGUCCCGCUAGAUCUCUCCACUGCUUUGGAACAGGCGGGUGUAGCUGCUGGUGCUCUUGCAGAGUAUGGACCCGAUUUCUCUUUGGUUGAAUAUUACCGCUCUUUCACCUAUCAGGCCGGACAUCCCAUACUUUACGUGCAGGUCGAUCAUCAAACUGGCGAUAUGACUAUUCAUCAGCGGCGAUUCGACCUCAACACCGGCUACUCCAACAUCACCUCUCAAUGGAUCAUCCCGAUCACCUUCUCCAGUGCCAGUAACCCUGAUUUCACCAACACAAAGCCUUCGCAUAUUCUCCGCAAAGCUGUCACUGUCAUCAACCGCGGCUCUGUCGGCGAUGAGUGGGUCCUGUUUAACAGGCAACAGACUGGCUUCUACCGCGUAAAUUACGAUGACUACACUUGGGAUAUUAUUACCAUUGCCCUAAGAGGAAAUGCUAGAACCCAGAUUCACGAAUAUAACAAGGCUCAGAUCGUCAACGAUGUCUUCCAAUACGCCCGCUCUGGCAUCAUGAGCUAUACCAAGGCUCUGAACAUUCUCACCUUCCUGGAGUUUGAGACCGACUACGCCCCAUGGGUGGCUGCUAUGACUGGCUUUACCUGGCUGAGAAACAGGCUAGCUGGCACCGUCUACCUGGAACCUCUUGAGGCUCUGAUCGCUCAAUGGGCCACUACAGUCAUGACAGACCUUACCUACUACCCAACUUCAGAGCCCGAAGACUUUAUGAGAUCGUAUCUUCGCUGGCAACUGGCUCCUAUUAUGUGCCAGAUCAACAGAGAUGGGUGCCGUGCCGCUGCGGUCGCCCAGUUCAACGAAUUAAUGAACUCUAAUACGGAAGUGUACCCUGAUAACCGAGAUUACGUUUACUGCAACGCUCUUCGUGAAGGCACCUCGGAACAUUUCAACUUCUUGCGCAACCGCUUCAUCCAGCACAACGUGUAUACUGAGAAAAUUCUCAUCAUACAGACUUUAGGUUGCACUUCUUCCGCUGAUUCUCUGGAGCAGUUCUUAGUAGACCUCUUCACCGACAACUAUGUGAUUCGUCGUCAGGACUACACCACCGCUUUAAAUGCCGCCGCUUCCGGCAACGAAGCCAACACACAGAUCUUGUUUAGAUUCAUCCAAAACAACUACGCCUUAGUUGCUAAUGCGUUUGCAGAUAUUGCCACUCCUUUGUCUUACGUGUCAAGUAGAUUGAGAUCUGAAGCUGAAAUUGUUGCGUUCCAACAAUGGGCAACCCAAAACCAGACUCUCCUGGGAACAUCGUACCAGACCGUAAUGAACGGAGCCGAGUCCACCAGACAGUCCCUCCAAUGGACGGCCGGAAUUAUCGACGACGUCAACAACUUCCUCACUGCGGGCUACCAGCCUGUGACGACCACCACUCAGCCACCGCCCACGGAAGCUCCUGCUCCGGAGCUUGAGACUAGGCCGGAGCUCACCCAACCAGAAACACCUGACCUCCCUGACUCCGCUGUGACGAAAUUUUUAUCCGUGUCCGCCAUUUGCAUGGCUGCCAUUUUCCAUUACGUUCUUUAAUUUAAACUUAACAAUAUUGAUUUUCUGGAAGUACGCAAAUAAAAUUCUACAUAAUAUGUACCAUUUGUAAGCUGUAUAAGAAGAAUUAAUUUAUUAAGAUUACCCUCUUUGUAAAUAUUGUAAAAAUAAUAAAUAUGGUGAUAAUUUA